AUUUGGAAGCGAUAUUUGCCGGGGAAUUGGAGAAUCCAGACAUUACUGGGAAGGCUGCGGACGUUUCAAAAAUUUUGGGAAUGAUUACUGCAGAUCCGAAAGCUACGCUUGAAGCUUGUAUGAAGUCCCAGGAGGAAAACCACUGCAAGCAGCUCAUCCAAAAUUUCAUCCAGCUACUGAAAGACGCGGAGAUUGCACAAAGGAUGGCGACGGAAUUGAAGCGCUUUACAGAACUUGGGUCCAUAAUCCAUCUACGCGCAAAACGUAGCUCAACGAAAGCGCAAGACAAUACGGAAAAAGAGACGACUUUUACCGAGGACCUUGCUGAAAUCGCUGAAGCGGCUGGGCGGAAUCAAAAAGAUCUUAUUGAGGGCUGUGAGCAAAUGGUUGGGGCGCUGUAUAAACUUAUAGUUGACUGCCCGGCCCUUGUCGCCGAGGCCACCGAACUGCUUGGAGACAUCGCCAAGCAAACCGACGACGUCGAGAAGAUGAACUUUGGGGCCUUGAAGAGGAAAUUGUUGGAUGCA